AUGUACCGAGGUUUGCUGUUGGUGUUCCUCAUCCUUCUGGUUGAGACUCAGCUCAGUGAGUCGAGCUGCACGGAACAAGAUGCGCAGAGAUCCACCUCAGGUGAGAGUCCAAGUUUUCGACUUGCGGCUCGUAACUUGCUCAAGCGGUAUCACGACAUAGAUUACGACAGUUUUGUGGGACUGAUGGGCCGCAGGAGUGCCGAUACUGCUGCUGCUGAUGAGCAGUCUCAGCGUAAACGAGAAAUGCAUGACAUCUUUGUGGGACUUAUGGGACGGCGAAACAGUGACGAUGACGCUGAACGUCCGUGGAGGAAAGACAACCCGGAGACACGUGGCCUGUUCUUUAACAAGUGCAGACUGAGGUUUCGUCGUGGGUUAUAG